GGCCACCAAACCCCACUAACUGCAUCAUAGCUCAUCUUCACUUGUUGCCAUUUUGAAAGCCAAACCUUCAAUAUGAGUUCCACAACCAAAGCCCCUCCUUCCUCUAAUGAUGCUAUGUCAACUGAGGAGAGUGGUUGGACGACAUACUUUGAUGACUUCUUCAACAACCAUGUUGUUGAUAACAACAAGUGUUCCAUGCCUUUAUCCGGUGGUGUUGCUAGCUCCUCCCUUGUCUCCGAUGCAGCUUCUUCGGCAGAGAAGAAAAAAGUGGCAAAUAGUAAACAAGUUGAGGAGUUUAAUUAUGUGAAUAGAUAUGUCAAGAGAUCAAGUUUCAAGAAGAGGAAGGAUGUCAUAACGGCUUUGAUUGAUGACUCUUUGGAAGAUACGGCAACUUCUCCUCUUAAUAGUCCCAAGGUUUUGUAUGCGAAUCAGAAGAUUGACAAGGCAAACAGACGGAAGUAGUAUAAACCUUUUCUCAGUAGGAGAAAGGCACAUCAAGACAAAGAGAUGAGCAAAAAGAAUAGAAUUUUAAUGGGAGGGAUUGUGAAUGCAAAGAGUAAAAAGAAGAGUGGCCUUUGCUUAAUUAGUUCUCUUGUCAAUGGUAGCAAACAUUUUAUGUUAAUUAUAUAGCAUUAUUUGUUAAAGUUCAAUGAUAUUCAUUUUUGCCUAUGAAAAAUAGUAUUAUGUUAAA